UUCGGGGAUGGACUGGGAGUUUCAGUUGGCGCCGCGCGCAGAGCCAAGGAGGUCUUGAGCUCUGUUUACCAUGCUGUGCCGCUCCCUCGUCCAUCGCUGCCAAGGUGGACCGCAUGGUCUGCUGCCAAGAUUUCCCUUACAGCACCUUCUAGGGUGCUAUUCUUGUACUACAGAAGAUGACCACCCAUCCUUUGGAGAAAUGGGAAUCCCGGUUCCUCCUUUCGGGUGCACCUUUUCAACAGCCCCCAAUGCACAACACAUUCUUGCUGUUGCAAAUGAAGAGGGGAUCAUUAGGCUGUAUGAUACUCAAGCAUCAACAAGCAGCAAAAAGGUUUUUAGAGAAUGGCAAGCUCAUUCAAAUGCUGUUUUUGACCUUGCCUGGAUGCCCAGAGAACACAAAAUUGUUACUGCUUCAGGAGAUCAGACGGCAAAAGUGUGGGAUGUAAGGACUGGUGAACUUCUUGGGGUGUGCAAAGGGCACCAGUGCAGCCUGAAGUCCGUUGCUUUCUCCAAAUUUGAGAGUGCGGUGUUCUGUACAGGAGGAAGAGAUGGAAACAUCAUGGUCUGGGAUACUCGAUGUAAUAAAAAAGAUGGAUUUUACAGACAGGUGAAACAAAUAAGUGGAGCCCACAACAUAACAGACAAGCAGACGCCCUCCAAACUAAAGAAGAAGAAGCAGAACUCAAGAGGCCUUGCUCCCUCAGUGGACUUCCAGCAGAGCGUGACCGUGGUGCUGCUUCAGGAUGAACAUACCCUAAUCUCAGCAGGGGCUGUUGAUGGUGUCAUCAAGAUAUGGGACUUGCGAAAGAACUACACCUCUUACCGUCAGGAUCCAUUACCUUCCAGGUCUUUCAGCUACUCUGGGAACAGCACACGAAAACUAGGUUAUUCUAGUCUUGUUCUGGAUUCAACUGGUACCAGCUUGUUUGCUAACUGUACGGAUGACAAUAUAUAUAUGUUCAGCAUGCCAAGCCUCAAAACCACUCCAGAGUCACUUUUCAGUGGGCAUCAAAACUCCAGUUUCUAUGUCAAAUCCAGCAUUAGCCCAGAUGACCAGUUCUUGAUCAGCGGAUCCAGUGACCACAAUGCCUACAUUUGGAAGGUGUCUGAGCCCCAUCUUCCUCCCAUGAUGCUCCAUGGUCACUUGCAAGAAGUCACCUCUGUUGCCUGGUGUCCAUCGGACUUCACCAAGAUUUCCACAUGCUCAGAUGACAACACCAUAAAGAUUUGGCGCUUAAAACAGCACUCUGCGGAAGAAACCCAGCCAGAAAAGAGUAGCUUGGUUGGUUGGGCCUGCCAGAAGAAAGUGGAAGGGCAAAAUGGAACUGGAGCUCUGAGGAAAAGGCACAAUACUCCUGCCAAAGUGCUGCCAGCGGGAAGCCCGCCCAUUUCUUCACCCCAACCUGCCGCUUGUGCUCCAGCUUACACAGGAGACCUUCCUCUUCCCACCAACACGCCCACAUGGUCUUUAGUCAACACCUCGGCCUCCACUACAAUGACCUCUGUUCCGUCAAGGCAGCAGAUGGAAGGCACUUCGCCCAAACUGACACCUCCUUCAGCGAUGUCCAUAAGACAGUGGGUUACCAAAACUCCAAGUUUGUCUCCUCCUUUGAAAGGAAAAGAAGUGCUGUCUCCACAACAAGAACUUUCUGAACCCACAUUUGUUUCCAAAUCAACACACUUGAGGUCUGAAGUGCGAGCCAAGAGGAGGCUAGAAUCAAGCAAGGAAGUCAAUGCAAAGUGCCUGAAAAGCUGCAACUGUGUGGCCGAGCUUCAUCCAGUCUCUAAAAAAUCUAGACUGGAGCAGGAUACUUUGGUGGAUUCAGAGCCUUGUGAGGAAAAGUGCCUGACCCUUGGCAGAUUAGCCCAAAGCACUGAGAGUCUGGCGAAGGAUCCUCCUCCUGCUUCUGGAAGCCCUUGCUCUUCUGCAGGCGCCCAAAGCCUUUCUCGCCUCCUCAAGGCCUCCUGUGAUGAAAUGACUGACAAGGAGAAUGGCUGUCCUGACAGAAGAAACUGGCUGUCUGCUUUGGGGAAUAAGUUACAGACUAACAAAUCUAAAAGCCCAAACGGAGCAGGCAGCAAAAUUCAGUCAUUGCAGAAUCUGGGUGCAAGACAACCGGAAAGCAGGACAGGAGGACCUAUCUCGGCUACUUCUGUGCCCAUGAGGAAGAUUUGUACAUAUUUUGAGAGAAAAUCACAGAAAAACUGAAGAUAACCAUCCUUCUCUAUGAGUCCUCAUGCUGUAACACACUUUGAAAUAUGAUGAAUAUAUUUUGCAUCACCCAUGAAGAAACACAAGUGUCCUUGGAUCUUAGUUAAAAUGAUUACUUCCUUGGUUAUGGUUUUGUUUUGUUUUGUUUUGUUUUGCUCACUCAUUGCAUUUAAUUAGUUAGAAAGACUAACAAGAGAUGCAUUUCUUUAUAGAUAUAA